CUGCAGCAUCUCGCGGCGGCGGCGGCGGAUCCAGCGCGCGGCGGCCAAGGGCCCGUCAAGGAGUGUGAAAAGGACCAGUUCCGGUGUCGGAAUGAACGCUGCAUCCCCUUGGUGUGGAGAUGCGACGAAGACGAUGACUGCUCGGACAACAGCGACGAGGAUGACUGUCCCAAGAAGACGUGUGUGGACAGCGACUUCACCUGCGACAAUGGCCACUGCAUCCCCGAGCGGUGGAAGUGUGAUGGCGAGGAGGAGUGUCCCGAUGGCUCCGAUGAGUCAGAGACCACUUGCACCAGGCAAGUGUGUCCCGCAGAGAAGCUGAGCUGUGGACCCACCAGUCACAAGUGUGUGCCUGCCUCGUGGCGCUGUGACGGAGAGAAGGAUUGUGAGGGUGGAGCUGACGAGGCCGGCUGUGCAACCUUGUGCGCCCCGCACGAGUUCCAGUGCAGCAACCGCUCGUGCCUGGCCGCUGUGUUCGUGUGCGACGGCGAUGACGACUGCGGAGAUGGCAGCGACGAGCGCGGCUGUGCGGCCCCGGCCUGUGGGCCACGGGAAUUCCGCUGUGGCAGCGGCGGCAGCUGCAUCCCUGAGCGCUGGGUCUGCGACCGCCAGUUUGACUGCGAGGACCGCUCAGAUGAGGUGGCCGAGCUCUGUGGCCCAGGGGGCCCGGGGACCACGUGGGUGCCCGCAGCCUGCUCCCCCAGCACCCAGUUCACCUGCCGCAGUGGCGAGUGCAUACACCUGGGCUGGCGCUGCGAUGGCGACCGCGACUGCAAGGACAAGUCGGACGAGGCCGACUGCCCAGUGCUGGGGACCUGCCGUGGAGACGAGUUCCAAUGUGGGGAUGGGACCUGUGUCCUUGCGUUCAAACGCUGUGACCAGGAACAGGACUGUCCAGAUGGGAGUGAUGAAGCUGGCUGCCUGCAGGAGUCUACUUGUGAGGGUCCCCGCAGAUUUCAGUGUAAGAGUGGCGAGUGCGUGGACAGCGGGAAAGUGUGUGAUGCUCAGAAGGACUGCCAGGACUGGUCGGAUGAGCUGCUGAAAGAGUGUGUUGCACCAUCAUUCCAGGGGAAGAGAAGGAGGCCCAGGGGACUGAAUGAGUGUCAGCACAACAAUGGUGGCUGCUCCCACAUCUGCACUGACCUCAAGAUUGGCUUUGAGUGCUCCUGCCCGGCAGGCUUCCGUCUUCUGGACCAGAAGACCUGUGGCGACAUAGACGAGUGUGAGGACCCAGAUGCCUGCAGCCAGAUCUGUGUGAAUUACAAGGGAUACUUCAAGUGCGAGUGCCACCCUGGCUAUGAGAUGGACACGCUGACCAAGAACUGCAAGGCUGUGGCUGGCAGGAACCCAUCCCUAAUCUUUACCAACCGGCAUGAGGUGCAGUGGAUAGACCUGGUGAAGCGGAAUUAUUCACGCCUCAUCCCCAUGCUCAAGAACGUUGUGGCACUAGAUGUGGAGGUCGCCACCAAUCGCAUCUACUGGUGCGACCUCUCCUACCGCAAGAUCUAUAGUGCCAACAUGGACAAGGCCAGCAACCCAGCAGACCAGGAGGUCCUCAUUGGUGAACAGCUGCACUCUCCAGAGGGUCUGGCGGUGGACUGGGUUCACAAGCAUAUCUACUGGACAGACUCGGGUAAUAAGACCAUCUCAGUGGCCACACUUGAUGGUCACCGCCGAUGCACUCUCUUCAGCCAAGACCUCAGUGAACCCCGGGCUAUUGCUGUGGACCCUUUGCGAGGGUUCAUGUAUUGGUCUGACUGGGGGUACCAGGCCAAGAUUGAGAAGUCGGGGCUCAACGGUGUGGAACGGCAGACUCUGGUGUCAGACGAUAUUGAAUGGCCCAAUGGAAUCGCCCUGGAUUUGCUGAACCAGCGUUUGUACUGGGUGGACUCCAAGCUGCACAAACUGUCCAGCAUUGACUUCAGUGGAGGCAACAGAAAGAUGCUGAUUUCUUCUUCUGAUUUCCUGGGCCACCCCUUUGGGAUAGCUGUGUUUGAGGACAAGGUGUUCUGGACAGACCUGGAGAAUGAGGCCAUUUUCAGUGCAAAUCGGCUUAAUGGCCUAGAAAUCUCCACCCUAGCUGAGAACCUCAAUAACCCACAUGACAUUGUCAUCUUCCAUGAGCUGAAGCAGCCAAGAGCUGAAGAUGCUUGCCAGCUGAAUGCCCAGCCCAAUGGAGGCUGUGAGUACCUGUGCCUUCCUGCUCCUCAGAUAACCAGCUACUCUCCCAAGUACACGUGUGCCUGUCCUGACUUGAUGUGGCUGGGCCCAGACAUGAAGAGGUGCUACCGAACACCUCAAUCUACCUCAACUACGACGUUGGCUUCUACUACAAGGACAGUAGAUGCCACUACAAGAGCCCCUGGAACCACCAUCCACAGCUCCACCUACCAGAACCACACUACAGGGACAGCAGGCCUGACAGCUGCAGUCUCAAGCUCAGCCAGUGUCCCUGGGGCUCCCAGCCUCAGCCCAUCUACCCUGAGCCCUGCAACCAGCAACCACUCCCAACACUAUGGCAAUGAAGGUGGCAAGAUGGGCUCAACUGUCACUGCUGCUGUCAUUGGGAUCAUUGUACCCAUAGCGGUAAUAGCCCUGCUGUGCUUGAGUGGCUACCUGAUCUGGAGAAACUGGAAGCGGAAGAACACUAAGAGCAUGAAUUUUGACAACCCAGUCUACAGGAAAACAACAGAAGAAGAAGAUGAAGAUGAGCUCCAUAUAGGGAGGACUGCUCAGAUUGGCCAUGUCUACCCAGCAGCAAUCAGAAGCUUUGAUCGCCCACUGUGGGCAGAGCCUUGUCUUGGGGAGACCAGAGAACUGGAAGACUCAGCCCCUGCCCUCAAGGAGCUUUUUGUCUUGCCGGGGGAACCAAGGUCACAGCUGCACCAACUCCCGAAGAACCCUCUUUCCGAGCUGCCUGUCGUCAAGUGCAAGCGAGUGGCAUUAAGCCUGGAAGACGAUGGCCUGCCCUGAAGAUGGGACCAACCCCUUCGUGCCUCCUGGAGUUCAGUCCCAUGCACUACUCUCUGGAUGAUGUGUGACUGGAUGGAUGGGUUUCUGAAUAGGGGUCUGUGUGAGUGAGUAUGUAUGUGUGUGUAACUUUUUAAAAAUUUAUGUUGCGGAAAGGUAACCACAAAGUUAUGAUGAACUGCAAACAUCCAAAGGAUGUGAGAGUUUUUAUAUGUAUAAUGUUUUAUACACUUUUUAACAGUUGCACUACCCAUGAGGAAUUCAUGGAAUGGCUACUGCUGAGUGACUAACACAAUGUACAUAACCAAACGGGGGCCAAUGGUACAGUACCUUACUCAUCCUUUAAAUACUAUAUUUACAGAGGAUGUUUGAUCUGGGGGAACAUUUUUAGGUUUGGGGGUUUCAUUUCUGUAAAUAAAAUGAUUAUGCUUUGUGGCUAUCCAUCAACAUAAGUUAAAACAUUUCAACUUCCAUUUAGAUUAUUUAUUAACAUAUUUCAAAAAUAAGAUUAGUUCUAUAAAUAAUUUAGAGAAGUGAAAGUAUUUAUUUUUGGUGUGUUUGGCCCAUCACACAGACUUUGUGUGUGUGUGUGCGUGUGUGUGCGUAUGCAUAUGUGUUUGUGUGAGAGAGAAAAAUCUGUAGAGAAGAGGCACAUCUACAGCUGUUGUUCAAAUACAUAAAUUUAUUUAAAAACUAUCCACAAGAAGGGUGUCUAGAGUUUUUGGAGAAACCUUCAGAAGUGACUCCAAAAACUGAAACCAUGGUUUGUGCAAACGUGUAGUAGAAGAAGCAGAUCCUUUCACCUGUGGCUGCUGUGACUCCUACCUGGGCAUUCUUGUCUGUGGCUAAGGUCAAGGUACAGAUGCCAUAUUACACAGUGCCAGAGUUCUACUAAGCUCAAGACAUACAACACAUGUGUUUGUCAGAACAAGCAAGUCCUUGUUUUAAUGUUCAGCUCUUUGAGCAACUUUAAUUUCUGUCAGGACACUGGAUUGAAUCAUAUAAACUUCCUCUGAAGUACCCUGAAGGAUGCAUUCUUAGAGAGCUAAGUGGAGACAUAUUUAGAAUAGCCCAAGUUUGUUGUACGGGCUGGCUCAGGCAUCAAAUCUCUGAGACAUGCUGUAGAUGAGAAUAAAGAUGGUGGAGUAGGUUUUAUCACAUCUCCAUUUCUCUCUUCCCCUCAUUCUCUUAAUAUUUGGGGAAGGAUUUUAAAGUUAAAUGUUUCUUAUCAUAUGUUCACAGAAAAAGUAAAUUUUGGCUUAAGUCAGAAAAAGUGGCCAAACCUGAAGUCACAGUUGAGGGGAAAUGGCAUAUGCAAUAUUAUAGCAUAUAUUCACACAGGGAUUUGGUUUUUUGCUUUGUAAAAAUAAAAGGAAAAACUGGGUAUAUGUACAGAUUUCUUUUCAUGAUUGAUACCUUCUUUGUUUUUCCUUGGCCUUGGGUGAGGUGAGAAGUGCUAUUUUCUAUCUGUGGGGUCUCCCAUUAGAUACAUAGCCUACAGUCCUGAAAGAAUCCAGUCAGCAUUGGCUUCCCUCAUCCAAAGAGUGCUCUUUAACUCGGCUGUUCUCCCACUUCAUUUCACUAGACAAUCUGGCACCCAUACCACAUGGAAAUGUUUGGCUUAAGUAGGAGCAGACAACCUGUAUCUAACCUUAAUAUAACUGGAACUUGACAUCCUUAAGCCAUGUCUCCCUACUCCUGUCCUCCAGCACCCCCAACUCUGAAGCUUGGAUGUUUCACCAGCAUGUUGAAUUUCUGGGCAAUCUGGAGUUCUAUCAGCCUGUUCCUAGGACCUUGCUCUAUAUCACUCUUGGUCUCCUAAACUCUAAGAAAACAACAAUGUUCUGGAGCUUCCAAGGCACUAUGUCUUAUAACUUCCUCAUAAUAGACAUGUGUUGAUGGUCCCAAGACAUUCAUGGAGAAAGUAAAUACAGUUGACCUACACCCAUAUUAAACAAAAUUUUAAAAACAAGUGGCCAACUCCUGUGGAGCUUAACCAUUACUAUUCUUUCAAGAGUGGAAAGUAAAAUUAUUUUUUAUAAGAAAAGUGAUGAAAAUGAAAGACACUGAAAUUUACAUAAGACAAGUGACUUUUCCUGUAAUAUGCCUCUAAAGAAACUGAAUUUCUAAGGGAAAUUAAGUGAUAAUGUGGCUAAUGCAUAGUUUUGAAAUUUUUAGUCAGAUCCUGCCCUUCAGAGAAAAAAAAAGAUCAUAAAUAAGGUCAGGACUUAGAGCCUGAGACCUCAAAAUGAUGAAAUUCACAGUUGAGACAUUCUUACCUCCUGAAUAUGCUACCACUGCAGUUUGAAAGAGGUAGCUCUGGGAGGAACCUACAAGAAACAAAUGGAAAAAUACAUGUUGGAUGGUAGCAAAUUAGAUUAAAUUGGAGGAGUCCAACCCACCUUCCUCCUAUUCUUGGAAGUUUUUUGAGCCUUGUUGGAGAUAUAGUUUCAUUUCCCUCUCCCAUGCAUAUAUGUAUUUAUAGCCAAAAACAAAUAGCAGUUAUUGGAUUAGAGAGCUGGAAGAAAGCUAAGAGAUAAUGCCAACAGGACCAUAGACAGUAUUUCCUUUAUUUAU